AGAAUAUUUUUACUUUCUACCAAGAUUAACAUAGAGAAGAGAGAAAAGGUAGGCUAUUUUUCACUCGAUAGCCAUUUUUCUCUAUUCUCUUCUCUCCCGUCUUAUUUCUUCCUUGCUUAGUUGUUAAAUAAAGAAGAAAUUUCAAAGGAAAAAAACAAGCAUUCAUGAUGGUUCGAGCAUUAGAACGUGGACUUAGCAUUCAGAAGUCCCGUUCCUUCCAUUUGAAGAAGAUGUUUGAGAUUCCAGGAAGGCAAACAAACAGUAUGAUUCUUGAUGGUGAACAUGGCGGAGAAAAUGUGCUGAGAAGUCAUGGAAUAGGAGAACGUCUGGUGGAGUACCAGCCGGUAGGAUGUGCAUUGACACGUGAGAGAAAUCCUGCUCCUCAUCCGGAACACCCUCCCAACUGUAACGUAGGAAGUCAGCAAGACAAGCAACCUUCAGAAACGGAGGCAAUGAAAGAAAGGUUUGCAAAGCUGCUGUUGGGAGAAGAUAUGUCAGGAGGUGGAAAAGGUGUUUCUUCUGCUCUGGCCUUGUCAAAUGCCUUCACAAACCUUGCUGCAUCUGUAUUUGGAGAACAAAAUAAGUUGCAGGCCAUGCCUCCAGAGAGAAAAGCAAGGUGGAGGAAAGAAAUUGAUUGGCUUUUAUCUGUAACUGAUUACAUUGUUGAAUUUGUUCCUUCACAACAGACCUCCAAUGGAGUAAAUAUGGAGAUUAUGGUGACAAGACAAAGAAAUGAUCUGCAUAUGGAUAUUCCAGCUUUGCGGAGGCUUGAUGCUAUGCUUAUUGAUACCCUGGACAACUUUGGAGAACACAAUGAAUUCUGGUAUGUGUCAAGGGAUUCGGAUGAUUCGGAUAAUGGGAGCUGCCAAAGAAAGGAUGAUAAGUGGUGGCUUCCAGUUGUUAAGGUUCCGCCAGAGGGCUUAUCAGAAAAGUCUCGUAGAUUCCUGCAGUUCCAAAAGGACUCUGUAAACCAAGUACUAAAAGCAGCCCUGGCCAUUAAUGCACAAGUACUAUCAGAAAUGGAGAUCCCUGAAAGCUACAUUGAGUCCCUUCCUAAGAAUGGAAGAGCUAGCCUUGGGGAUUCGAUCUACAAGAGCAUAACAGAAGAGUUGUUUGAUGCAGAUGAAUUUCUUGCGACUAUGGACCUGUCAACAGAGCACAAAGUGCUUGAUCUCAAGAACAGAAUCGAGGCAUCAAUCGUGAUUUGGAAGAGGAAGAUGAACCAUAACAAAGAUGGCAAAUCUGCCUGGGGUUCUGCUGUGAGCUUGGAGAAGAGGGAACUAUUUGAAGAGAGGGCAGAGACCAUCUUACUCUUGCUCAAACAGAGAUUCCCUGGACUUCCACAAUCCUCUCUUGAUGUAUCCAAGAUCCAGUACAACAAAGAUGUAGGACAAGCGAUCCUGGAGAGCUACUCAAGGGUGAUAGAAAGCUUGGCUUUUACAGUGAUGUCUAAGAUUGAAGAUGUCCUCUAUGCUGACUACAAAGCUCAAUCAUCUUCACCAGUUGUAUCUGAUAAGUCUCAAACAGAUUCAGAACCAUGGAGAUCUCCAAUUCCAAAGUCUCCAGUAACCAGAGAAGAGGUUGACAAGUUGGUAUCUGCAGAGACACCAACUUCAAUGACACUAUCAGAUUUCAUGGGCUGGAACCCUGAUGCUGACAAGGCAAUGCACAAGCCUCCUCUUAGUCCAACACCAAAGAAAGUUUCGUACUUAGAGAGGCUUGAAAACUUGACUAGUCUAAGAAGUCCUACAGACCGUCACUGAUAGCAAAAGGUCUAAAGAGGAAUGGAACAAGCAAACGGAAAGAGAGCUGGGACUCAUAAGCUUAAAGCAAGACAGGAUAGGGCGCUUGAGGUUGUGAGGUUGUGAAUUGUAGAUGGGUAGACUCCCUGUAGGAUUCCACUGAGUUGAUAACUUAAAUGAUCUUAGUAGUGGGAUUCUAGUCUACUGAAUUAGUAACCGGCUAGAUCUAUUAUGUCCUUCCUUCCAGCUAUGGACAGGGAAGUUCGAGUAUUUAAUGGUUGGGCUUAGUUGAUUUUGUAGUUCCUGCAAGAUAUA